AUGAACGUCCUCCCCAAGGAUAUGGUGCCGCUCAUGGGCAGGAGAGCCACCAUCCCUGGCGGGAACGCUGCUGUCCUGUUGGAGAAGAGGCCGGCUGAGGUCACCCCCACCAAGAAGAGUGCACACUUCUUCCUGGAGAUAGAGGGGUUUGAGUCCAACCCCACUGUGACCAAGACCUCGCCGCCCAUCUUCUCCAAGCCCAUGGACUCCAACAUCCGGCCAUGCGUCUCGGGCAACUGUGAUGACAUGGACUCCCCCCAGUCCCCUCAGGAUGACGUGACAGAGACCCCAUCCAAUCCUAACAGUCCCAGUGCAAACCUGGCCAAGGAAGAAAAGAGGCGGAAGAAGCAUCGGCUGAAGAAGCGCAUCUUCACGGCCGUGUCUGAGGGUUGCGUGCAGGAGCUGGUGGAGCUGCUGAUGGAGCUGCAGGAGCUGUGCAGGCGCCACCGUGGCCUGGACGUGUCUGACUUCCUCAUGCACAAGCUGACCGCUUCGGACACGGGCAAGACCUGCCUGAUGAAGGCCCUGCUGAACAUCAACCCCAGGACCAAGGAGAUUGUGCGGAUCCUGCUCACCUUCGCCGAGGAGAACGGCAUCCUGGACAGGUUCAUCAACGCCGAGUACACGGAGGAGGCCUACGAAGGUCAGACGGCGCUGAAUAUCGCCAUCGAGCGGCGCCAGAGAGACAUCACCGCACUCCUCAUCGCCGCAGGUGCCGACGUCAACGCCCACGCCAAGGGGGUCUUCUUCAACCCCAAGUACCAGCACGAGGGCUUCUACUUCGGCGAGACGCCCCUGGCCCUGGCGGCUUGCACCAACCAGCCCGAGAUCGUGCAGCUGCUGAUGGAGAACGAGCAGACAGACAUCACCUCGCAGGACUCCCAGGGAAACAACAUCCUGCAUGCCCUGGUGACCGUGGCCGAGGACUUCAAGACGCAGAACGACUUCGUGAAGCACAUGUACAACAGGAUCCUGCUGCGGAGCGGCAGCUGGCAGCUGGAGACCAUGCGCAACCACGACGGCCUCACGCCGCUGCAGCUGGCCGCCAAGAUGGGCAAGGCCGAGAUCCUGAAGUACAUCCUCAGCCGCGAGAUCAAGGAGAAGCCGCUCCGGGGCCUGUCCCGGAAGUUCACCGACUGGGCGUAUGGGCCGGUGUCCUCCUCGCUCUACGACCUCACCAAUGUGGACACCACGACGGACAACUCUGUGCUGGAAAUCAUUGUCUACAACACGAACAUUGAUAACCGGCACGAGAUGCUGACCCUGGAGCCCCUGCACACGCUGCUGCAUAUGAAGUGGAAGAAGUUCGCCAAGUACAUGUUCUUCCUCUCCUUCUGCUUCUAUUUCUUCUACAACAUCACCUUGACCCUCGUCUCCUACUACCGUCCCCGGGAGGAGGAGGCCCUCCCGCACCCCUUGGCCUUGACGCACAACAUGGGGUGGCUGCAGCUCUUAGGGAGGAUGUUCGUGCUUAUCUGGGCCACGUGCAUCUCUGUGAAAGAGGGCAUUGCCAUCUUCCUGCUGAGACCCUCGGAUCUGCAGUCCAUCCUAUCGGACGCCUGGUUUCAUUUUGUCUUUUUUGUCCAAGCUGUGCUUGUGAUACUGUCUGUCUUCUUGUACUUGUUUGCCUACAAAGAGUACCUCGCCUGCCUCGUGCUGGCCAUGGCCCUGGGCUGGGCGAACAUGCUGUACUACACGCGGGGGUUCCAGUCCAUGGGCAUGUACAGCGUCAUGAUCCAGAAGGUCAUUUUGCACGAUGUCCUCAAGUUCUUGUUCGUAUAUAUCGUGUUCUUACUUGGAUUUGGAGUAGCGCUGGCGUCACUGAUUGAGAAGUGCUCCGAGGGCAACGCGGAGUGCAGCUCCUACGGCAGCUUCGGGGACGCGGUGCUGGAGCUCUUCAAGCUCACCAUCGGCCUGGGCGACCUGAACAUCCAGCAGAACUCCAAGUACCCCAGCCUGUUUCUGAUCCUGCUCAUCAGCUACGUCAUCCUCACCUUCGUCCUUCUCCUCAACAUGCUCAUCGCCCUCAUGGGAGAGACCGUGGAGAACGUGUCCAAGGAGAGCGAGCGCAUCUGGCGCCUGCAGAGAGCCAGGACGAUCUUGGAGUUUGAGAAGAUGUUGCCAGAAUGGCUGAGAAGCAGAUUCCGCAUGGGGGAGCUGUGUAAAGUGGCCGAGGAAGACUUCCGGCUGUGUUUACGGAUCAAUGAGGUGAAGUGGACCGAAUGGAAAACACACGUCUCCUUCCUGAAAGAAGACCCGGGACCCAUAAAACGGACAGCAGACUUAAACAAGAUCCAAGAUUCGUCCAGGAGCAACAGCAAAACCACCCUCAAUGCAUUUGAAGAAAUGGAAGAAUUUCCGGAAACUUCAGUGUAGAUGUAAACCCAGGGCUGUCUGAUGCUGCAGGCUGAGUCCUGGACUCUGUGCUGAGGGGCUUUGCAGGGCGGUGGGCCUGGCUCUGCCAGCCCAGGAGCAGCAAGCCCCCCCCGCCCCAUGCUGAGCGCCACUGGACCGAGGGGCACUUGCCAGUUGCAACGCCCUGGUAGAGUUUGUGUGCACCCAUGGCCAGUGGCCCCGAAAAUGGGAGUGUCUUGAAGUCUUGGGUGAAGUCCCUGAUUUCACAAACUGCUGGUCAGCAGACGGGGGUGGGGGAGGUGGGUGGAGUCUUCCUGCUGCUAGUGUCUCCCAAGAUCACAGAUCCCAGCACCCCACACCUCACAGACAUCCUCACCACGCCCGAAUGCGUGGGAGACUUUUGAUCUUGUCCCAGGAUGUGCAGGGCUCUGAGCUGAGCCAGAUAGCCUGAGGGAGGAGGGGAGCGAGUUCUGGAAAUGUCCUUCCGGAACCUUCAGAAAACAGGAAACCACCCUUGGAAGGAAACCCAGGGCUUAGACCGAGGGAGAUUUUUAGUAGCAUGAUGAACACAGGAGUUUUAUUUUCAAUAGAGAAAAGACAUUUCAGUUUUUGAAUGAAAAUUACUUUAGAUGAAGGAUGUGAUUUUUAAAAAGCUGAGAAGUAGAUUUUGAGCUUGUUGUAAGUGUUAGAUAAUUGGCCUCAGGGUAGCCGGGCAAGGACAAAAGGCUUUUCUUCACACACACAGAACUUCACUUGGACCAGCUGGGUGGGUCCUUCCCCGGGGGCUGGAAUCUGGGUGAAAGGGCUUGGCUCCUAUCCUGGCCCCUUCUCGCCCUGGCGCAAGGCAUGGAGCCGGGAUCACGGCUCCAUCUGAAACAAAAGUAGCAGCUGCUCUGUUCCUAUGCCCUUGUCUUUCAGAGGCUAUGAGUGUCUGUCUUUGGGGGGAAUUUAACAAAAUACCUGAAAUGCCUUGGCAUUAAAUAUCUUUGUUAACUGUGAAUUCUGAGGCUGACGGGGAAGGCUUGUGAACGAGGAACAUUUGCCAAGACUUGGAGCUUAUUUUUAGAUCUUCACCCUCUGAUGUGCUGCCCCUGCAAUUACUCAGAGUCAGUUUGGGGGCAGGGGUGAGGCGGAGAUUGGAGAAAUCUUCUAGGUGACCAGAGCUUAAGCAAACACAAAUCCACUCUGCCUCUGAUAUCUGGGGAAAUGGUUCCUGGAGGUAGGUUUUGAAGUGAAAUUAUAAAGAUAGUUGCCAUGAGUUAAUUUUAAUUGUAUUUUAAAAAUUAAUUUUAUUUGCGAGGCUGAGAGAUGUACAUAGACAGAGCUCCCAUCUGCUGGUUCACUCAAGGGACCCAGUCACUUGAGCCAGCACCACUGCCUCCCAGGGUUUGCAUGAGCAGGGAGCUCGAAUCAGGAGUGGAGCCGGGAAUCAAACCCAGGUACUUCAGCGUAGGAUGUGGGUUUCUUAACUGCUAGGCCAAAUGCCUGUCCCUUAAUUUUAAACAGCACAAGAGUUCAUUUGGCUUUCAGACAACUUGGCAAUUUCCUAUUUAAUCUGACGUGAGGCAAAGCGAGUCCUGGUGGAGCCAUGGGCCAGUGUCUGCACCCCUGCACCCCGACUGCUUUGGGUGUCAGCUUAGCUAGAUGGAUAGAGACUCGGCCUCUGUGCCCCUGAUGGGCUGGGUUGGGGAGAAGGGGGAGGGGAAGAAGAUGCAGCAUUGAGAACUCCACCACCUGGCAGCCCUCACACUCCCAGCCAAGCUGUGGCGUCAACAGGUGUGCUAAGCCAGGCCAGGCUCAGGUGUGGGGGUAGCUGGCACUGGGUAUGAGUCUCUGGAGAAGAGAUCUGAGGGGCUGUCAAUGGGGGCAGAAUGUGUUCCUGAUGGGCAGAACUAGCAAAAGAAUUAGAGAAAGAUGUUGGUUCAGUUCAGUCCAGCAACAACUCCAGAUAUUGGAGAUAUUUAAACAGAAGAAGUUUGAGCAGUCAUUAGGGACAUUGUUGAAGAUGGCAACUGAGUGAACAUCGAGUUUCCUUUCAGUGUGGAGAUUCUACCACCCAGCCCUCCACAGACGCAGUCACCUCCUUGCAUUUAUGCUGAACAGGUGCUCUGGUUUGAAGGGCAGUCGCUUGGACCCAUGGUGCCAUGCUCUACACUGUGGAGCUGGGAACUCCAGAACUGCUUUGCAUAGGAUAUUAAUAGCUAAAUCUAUGUGGUUCCCUGUUUCCCACUUGGAUAGGUACUGGGAUGUUAGGCAAAUGGAAAUCAGUAACUGGGCCUCUGUCCUCUCAUAUGUGACAGAGAGCUGCUCUCUGUGGAUCUGUGUGGAUUGGUAAGAUCACUUUCUGUGUUGGGUGUUCCAUGGCAUCCCCCAAAGGCUUCCAGCCUAGAAGGUCUGAGCCUAGGCAGGUUUCCCAAGGCAAAGGGAAGCAAUGGGUUUGAAAGCACCCAAGUCAAAAGGACCCCAUUUUUUACACCUGGAGACUAAACUGACUGGAACGUGUGCUUGUUCAGAGUCACGCGGGAAGUUCUACCAGAGCUGUUGAAGCUGGAGCAUUCCAGUUCCUGGGCCAUGGAUUGCCCGUGCACCAGUUUUGUUUUUAAAGCACACACAUUCAGGACGUUUGAGUCUAGCUAUGUGGUCAGCAAAUGUCAGGGACUAGGGCUUCGGGUCAGAUGGCUCAUUUGGCAGGCAACACUGUGCCCGUGAUCGCUCUGGCUGGUCUAAAAGUCAAGUGUACACACACACUCUGAGCCCAUGGGCCUCUCAGGACAUGGUGAUAUGUGAUGAUUUACAUUUUGGAAAGUUAAGGGGAAGGUGUUUUCCAGGGAUGGGAUCGCCCAUGCUCAGAUUGUGGGUUUUGCUGCAAAUGUUCUUCCAGCUAAACCUCUCCUCAGAAAGAAUUCAUUAUUCUGGACAUGAUGUGAUGGAUCUAUUUGAACAAAAAGGGUGCUGCUUUCCUCGCUGGGGUAUGGACGAAGUUGUGCGAGGUUGUACUGUGAACUCACUGAGCUCUUGGAAGGCCCCUGCCUGAGAGAGCCCAGUGUUGCUGACAUUCCUUUCCUUCCUCAAGUCCUGGGGAGCUGUGUCCUGUUGCUCUGGGCAGGGCCCGAGUAGAUGGGGCGUCCCCUGAGCCUGUAAGCUAUACUUGACCGCUGCACUGAUUUACAUGUUGUUUUAUAAACUGUGAUCUUGAUUCCAAACACAGCAUUGUCACCCCUUCUCACUGAACAUGCCUGAUCCUUGUAAACUGUAAUUUACAUCCUUGUUCUUAGUGCUGUGUGUGUGAAACUCUAUGUUCAAGAAAGAAAUCAUACGAAGAGCAAGAACAUUUUACUCCAUGGAAGAAAUGCUUUUUUUUUCUUUUUGGUUUGUAAUAAAUAUUUAUUUUGCCUUGUUGUGGUCAUGUUUUAUCCUUACCUUGGGUGUGCCAAAGGGAAGAACCAUUAGAACUCCUAGAGUGUUGCUUAGCAAGUGUGAAUAAGGGAAGGCCAGUUUUUGGAUGUGAAGCAUUGUUAAUGGUCCCAGCUCAGGGGCAGAGCCAGCAAGCUGUGCGACACAUCACCUUCAUCCAGUGUUUAUAGCUCAAAUUGCCUUCAUGUCCAAUACCCCAUGUGAGCCCAUCAGCAACUUUGGGAGUCGUUUAAAAAGGAGACUCAGAGAGUGGAAGUGACAUGCCCAAGGAUUCCCAGCCAGAAAACGUCAUCCAUUCAGGACAUGUGACAGAAAGAGGAGGGUGCCAAAGGACAACCAGGCCAGAUACAGGGAGACCAAGAUGGCUUCAUGCCAGCAAUGAGAGCUGAGUUGCAUUUGGAAGGAAGCCCAGGGGUUAUCUAGGGCAAGGUCUGAAUGGGAUGGGGGCUGGGGGCCGGUGGGGAAAAUUCUAGGUAGAGGAGCGAGUCUGUGUGAAGGCAUACAGGGAUAGGAUAACAUGAAGGGUGCUGCGACACGGAGCAUUGAAGGGAGAUGAGUUUAGAGGGGUUGUGGGCAAGGGUGGGGCAGGUCAUGAAGGGCCUUUUGUGCUGGGAGUUUGUACUUGGAUCAUCCAUAAGGACAUGGUCUAUGCUAAGCACUGGGCCAAGUGCUUACAAGGAUUAAUCCACUUA